CCCUGCUGGAGAACAAAGGCUAGUCACACGAGUAUCUUUCUCUUCCAAAGCCUUAAGUUUUUAAAUGGCGACUUCUCUGGCUUCGAAGAUGCUAACCGCGACGGCAGGCAUGGCCGCGGCCGCCGUGUCCCUGUCCGGCCACCGCACGAUCACCUGCUCGGCCUUGCGGAUAGCGCCUCAGCCGCCGGAUCUUAUCCGAUGGGUGCGGCGGGAGGGAGGGUUUGUCAAUCCGAAGCUCAAGAUCUCUGACACGGGUGCCCAUGGACUCUGCGUCGUAGCUUCCGAGGAUAUCCCUGAAGGGUCGGACCUCAUCGCUCUCCCCAGUCACAUCCCCUUGCGUUUCAAGAAGUCUCCCGAGUCCAAUGGGGAUUCCGCGCUCUUUGAACUUGCUCUUCGUAUUCCCGAGGAAUUAUGGGCUAUGAAAUUGGGCUUGAGGCUUCUUCAAGAGAGAGCAGCAGUUGGUUCCUUUUGGUGGCCAUACAUCAGCAAUUUGCCUGAAACUUUCAGUCUACCUAUUUUCUUUUCGGGCGAGGACAUAAAGAACAUUCAGUAUGCGCCUCUUAUUCAUCAGGUAAAUAAGAGAUGUCGCUUUCUUCUUGAGUUUGAAAAAGCAGCUAAACUCAUUCUCGAGAGUUUGGCUUUAAAGGAUCAUCCUUUUGGAGGUCAAGAUGUGAGUUCUUCAUCACUUGGCUGGGCCAUGGCAUCAGUUUCUUCUCGAGCCUUUCGUUUGCAUGGAGAGAUUCUACUUGAUGGAAAACACAGUGACACUACUAUGCUGCUUCCACUUAUUGAUAUGUGUAACCACAGCUUUCACCCAAAUGCUCGAAUUGUUCAGGAGCAAGAUGCUAGCAACCCAAAUAUGCUAGUAAAGGUAGUGGCAGAAAAGAGAAUUGAACAAAAUGCUCCGGUUAUGCUAAAUUAUGGCUUCUUAAGCAAUGACCUAUUCCUUCUUGAUUAUGGGUUUGUUAUUCCAUCUAAUCCAUAUGACCUUCUUGAACUUAAGUAUGACAGUGCUCUUCUUGAUGCGGUUAGUAUGGCAGCUGGUGGUUCGUUCCCUAGCUUCUCGUCUCCAGCCCAAUGGCAGCAGGAGAUUCUGUGUCAGCUAAAUUUGUUUGGCAAUGGAGCUGACUUGAAGGUUACUUUGGGUGGUGCUGGAUUGGUUGAUGGCCGUCUUAUUGCUGCCUUGAGAGUACUUCUAACAAGCAGCGAAGCAGCUGUACGGAAGUAUGAUUUGAAGACUUUGAUGUCCUUAUCAGAUGAAGCUCCUUUAGGCGUCUCGGUAGAGACCACUGCACUCCGAACCAUUGUUGUGCUCUGUGUAGUUGCUCUAGAACACUUCCCCACAAAGAUAAUGCAGGAUGAAUCAAUUUUGAAAGGAACUGUUCCAAGUUCGAUGGAAUUGGCCGUCCAGUUUAGGGUGCAAAAGAAAUUAGUGAUCAUCGAUGUGAUUCGAAAGCUCACUCAGAGAAUUAAGCGGAUGACUGAAGAAAAAUCUGUCACUCAGGUCUGAAUUGUUUGAAUGGUGUUUUGUUAUAUCCAUUAUCUUUGGCUGGAACUACACUGAUUUCAUUGUUUCUGAUCAUUUUCAAAGCCCUUUGUGCUCUAAAGUUAUGUAGAGCAGGAUGAAUAGCUACAUUGUCCGGCUUUCUGCAGUUUUUCGUUUAUGGAAAUUGGAUACCUCGAAAAAUCCAAAAACAAGCAUGACCUAUAUAACUCAAGAUAUUAUUAUUAUUAUUA